AUGGUAUCAUCGUCUUCGAUCCUCCUAUCACACUUCCGCACCAAUCCUUUUCUUUACUCGCAUGAUUCUUUCACUCGUGUGCUUCUUCUCCCUCUUUUUCAUCAUGCCUCCACGAUCGAUCAUACUGCAAAUCAAAUCACCAAUGGUGAUGUUGAUUUUGUCUACUAUGUUCAUCCGAGUGAAGGUCCGAACUCUGUUUGCAUUCAGCCUCCACUGAAUGAAAACGCACUUGAUGUUUGGAUUGAUCUGAAAGAACGAUUCGCUAAAACUGAUAAAGUUCGUGUCUCUAAUUUGCGCACUGAAAUUAACAAUCUUAAACAAGGAAACAAGUCAGUUCUUGAUUACUUUACUGAGCUUCGUGGACUAUGGGAAGAAUUGAAUUCUCAUAGACCUAUUGUUGGGGUUUCUGAAAUUGCCGGUUCGCACCGCGUGCACAGGGAUGGCGCCGCGAACAGAUGUGAUGCUAUGCGCAAUGCUAGAGAGUUUCGCCUUGAAGAUCAAAUUAUGCAAUUUUUGACAGGAUUGAAUGAGAAAUUUUCUGUUGUCAAGACUCAAGUCUUGUUACUUGAUCCUUUACCAUCCAUCAACAAAGUUUAUUCUAUGGUUGUUCAAGAAGAGAGCAACAAUGUAUCCUUACUCGGUAAACCUGAUUCUAACUCCACCAUUGAUGAAGCAAAUACGCUUGUAAAUGCUUAUGAUUCAAAGAAGUUUCCUGCCAAAGCUUUCAAUUCUCAUGGUGGAGCUUCUAAUAACAAGAAAGAUGGUAGAGUAUGCACCUUUUGUCACAGAACUGGCCAUACCAUUGAUGUUUGCUAUCGCAAACAUGGAUUCCCUUCUUAUUUCACCAAAAGACAAGCAUCAGCUAAUGCUUCUACUACUGCAGACAAUCAUACUCAGUCUAUGAACAACAAUGGAGGAGAAGGUUCCCACAAUGAUUCAGGUACUAGUAUCACUCAAGAACAGUAUGCCCAACUGAUUAGUUUGUUACAACAAACAAAUUUUCUGCCUAUCAACCAUCCUGCCAACCCUAGUGCCAAUCACAUUUCCACUCAUAUUGGUCAUACACCAAAUGAGGACUCAGGUAAAUCCUUUGUUUCUACAGUCUCUUGUUCCACAUAUGUUAAACCUGAUUUUUGGAUUUUAGACUCAGGUGCCAAUGAUCAUGUGUGUUCAUCCCUUCAAAUGUUUAGUUGUUAUCACAAAAUAAAACCCAUAAAUGUCUGUUUGCCCAAUGGCUCAGUUGUUUUAGCAAAACAUGCAGGAACAAUUCAAUUUUCACCUCACUUGCAGUUGCAUAAUGUAUUGUUCACUCCUGAAUUUUCUCUUAACCUUGUGUCUGUUUCCAAACUGUGUCAAUCCACUAAUUGCAAUUUCAUUUUUUCUGCUAAUGAUUGUUAUAUUCAGGAUGUGAAAACCAAGAAGAUGAUUGGUUUGGCUAAUCAAGUGGAAGGUUUGUACAGACUCAAGACAAGUAUUGACCUCAUAACUGCUGAAACAAGCAUUUCAAGUAUAUCUUCAUCCAAACCUCAUGCUGAUAUUUCAAUUCCCAAUAAUUGUAAAUUGAUACCUAAGCAAGCUUUGUGGCAUUUUAGAUUAGGUCAUUUGUUACAUGAUAGACUCUCUAAAAUGGCUCACAUGUACCCUGAUAUUUUCAAUGACAACAAAGCAGUUUGUGAUGUGUGUCACUAUGCCAGACAUAAGAAACCGCCUUAUAAUCUAAGUCAUUCCAAAGCUUCUCAAAAUUUUGAAUUGUUGCAUUUUGAUAUAUGGGGUCCUAUAUCCACAAAUUCCAUUCAUCAUCAUAAGUAUUUUUGA